CGACAAUAUUUGAGGGUAACACAUUUUCACAGAUCUUUAACUAAAACGACCAAUUUGAACCUUUACCCAUGUCGAAUGUUACAGGUCAGUGCCCGACACAUUGAAUACGAUCACAUGGCAGACCUUGCCACUGUCAACGCGAGACUGGAGAAAUUCGUUAUUCAUUCUGGAUAACUCUAAUCUAUGAAAACCAUUUAAGGACUAGAUUGACAACCUAAAAGUUGCUAUAAAGGCAAGUGACUUGCAUGGAGUUUAACUUCUAGUCUACUUGAAGAAUGCAAUAAACGUCUACUAGUUCAAAUUUGCUGCUGUGCACUGCUGUGAUGUCUUGCAUACCAGAACUUUUACAAUAGUGUUUUGUCAGAAAAUAACUUUACAGAAUGCUUCUCAAUAAUCUGCAAUGUAUCAUCUCUCGAGAUACUGUAGCUUCGAUGCAACCAAGAGAGUGAGGUCAUCCAUGGAUUGUGGUCUACUGAUUAUUGCACACCGAUGAUGUAUAUUACAGGCACAAUGUUUACCAACAAGCUGCUGACCCUGGUGCUGGUGGUGCAGCCUGGACGGGUGCUGCUGGGCAUGAAGAAGAGAUGGUUCGGGGCAGGGAAGUGGAAUGGGUUUGGUGCCAAAGUCCAACCUGGGGAGACUAUUGAAGAGGCUAUUGCCAGGCGAGAACUGCAGGAGGAAAGUGGCCUCACAGUGGAUGCACUUGAUAAGAUUGGAAUAACAUUUGAAUUCAUCGGAGAACAGCUGCUUGAUGUGCAUGUUUUCCGAGCUGACAACUACAAUGGGGAGCCAACAGAGUCAGAUGAGAUGAGGCCGCAGUGGUUCGACUCGGACAAGAUACCCUUUGGUCAAAUGUGGGUUGACUAUAUUCUGUGGUUUCCACUGAUGCUUCAAAAGAAGUUCUUUGGCUACUUCAAGUUUCAGGGUCAUGACUUGAUCAUCGAUCACAAGUUAGAGGAGGUAGAAAAGCUUUAAGACCGACUACUGGCCUCGGACUCAUUCAUACUGUAUCAAAGAGCAUUCCCACAUGUUGUCUACCUGAAACAUCCCUGGAGAAAUACUGCAGAAUUCCUACUGAUUCCAGCUACCCUUGUUCAUAUUCAGUGCCAAGAAAUCCCCAGGUCUUUGUAAAUUUACAAACCCUUUGUUGCCAGUGACCAUAUGCCUGUGAAUCAGUCAAAUUAAGUCACAUUGAGCCAAAACUAAAUACUGGAUGUGUAAAUGUUGCUGAUGUAACGGAUGUGAAACGGCUAGCUUAGUUAGCGGUGUGCGCUAAAUAGCGUUUCAAUCGGUGACGUCACUUGCUCUGAGACUUUGAAGUAGUGGUUCCCCUUGCUCUGCAAGGGCCGUGGCUUUUGUGGAGCGAUGGGUAACGACGCUUCGAGGGUGACUGUUGAUGUGUGCAGAAGGUCCCUGGUUCGCGCCCGGGUAUGGGCGAGGGGACGGUUUAAAAUUAUACUGUGACAUUGAUGCUGUUGACCCGGAUCACUGGAUGCUGUGGAAAAAGGAGGAAGGACAAAAGGGGGGUGAGUGUAACGGAUGUGAAACGGCUAGCUUAGUUAGCGGUGUGCGCUAAAUAGCGUUUCAAUUGGUGACGUCACUUGCUCUGAGACCUUGAAGUGUGCAGAGGGUCCCUGGUUGGCACCCGGGUAUGGGCGAGGGGACGGUUUACAAUUAUACUGUUACACUGACACAUGUAUCCCAUUCCACUGUUUAUAUUACAUUUCUAAAGUAUGUGCAAAGGCAGUGUGCUCUUUAGUAAAGAAUGCACCUCUUUUUUGUUACUUGAUUUUUUUGUUAUUUAAUGAUUUUUUCUUGGGCCUCUAUAACGAUAUCUAUUGUUUGUUUUUUUGCGAAUUGGAUUGAUCCCCACUACCACCCUAACCAACCUCACUACUCACUGGACCCUUUUGAUCACUCGACUAAGCAUGCCUCUCCUUAAUGUCAAUAUGCCUUGUCCAUUGCUGUUCUGGUUAGUGUUUAUUGGCUUAUUUCACUGUAGAGCCUCUUGUCCUGCUCACUAUACCUUAUCCAACCUAUUAGUUCCACCACCCACACAUGCGAUGACAUCUCCUGGUUUCAAUUAUGUUUCUAGAGACAAUAUCUCUCUCAUCAUCACUCAAUACCUAGGUUUACCUCCACUGUAUUCACAUCCUACCAUACCUUUGUCUGUACAUUAUACCUUGAUGCUAUUUUAUCGCCCCCAGAAACCUCCUUUUACUCUCUGUUCCAGACGUUCUAGACAACCAAUUCUUAUUGCUUUUAGCCGCACCCUUAUCCUACUCCUCCUCUGUUCCUCUGGCGAUGUAGAGGUAAAUCCAGGCCCUGCAGUGCCUAGCUCCACUCCUAUUCCCCAGGCGCUCUCUUUUGAUGAUUUCUGUAACCGUAAUAGCCUUGGUUUCAUGCAUGUUAACAUUAGAAGCCUCCUCCCUAAGUUUGUUUUAUUCACUGCUUUAGCACACUCUGCCAACCCGGAUGUUCUAGCUGUGCCUGAAUCCUGGCUUAGUAAGACCACCAAAAACUCUGAAAUGUUCAUCCCAAACUACAACAUUUUCAGACAAGAUAGAACUGCCAAAGGGGGCGGUGUUGCAAUCUACUGCAAAGAUAGCCUGCAGAGUUCUGUCCUACUAUCCAGGCCUGUACCCAAACAAUUUGAACUUCUACUUUUAAAAAUCCAACUCUCUAAAAACAAGUCUCUCACCGUUGCCGCCUGCUAUAGACCACCCUCUGCCCCCAGCUGUGCUCUGGACACCAUAUGUGAACUGAUUGCUCCCCAUCUAUCUUCAGAGCUCGUGCUGCUAGGCAACCUAAACUGGAACAUGCUUAACACCCCAGCCAUCCUACAAUCGAAGCUUGAUGCCCUCAAUCUCACACAAAUUAUCAAUGAACCUACCAGGUACCUCCCCAAAGCCUUAAACACAGGCACCCUCAUAGAUAUCAUCCUAACCAAAUUGCCCUCUAAGUACACCUCUGCUGUCUUCAACCAAGAUCUCAGCGAUCACUGCCUCAUUGCCUGCAUCCGUAAUGGGUCAAACGACCUCCACUCAUCACUGUCAAACGCUUCCUGAAACACUUCAGCGAGCAGGCCUUUCUAAUCGACCUGGCCGGGGUAUCCUGGAAGGAUAUUGAUCUCAUCCCGUCAGUAGAGGAUGCCUGGUUAUUUUUUUUAAAUGCCUUCCUAACCAUCUUAAAUAAGCAUGCCCCAUUCAAGAAAUUUAGAACCAGGAACAGAUAUAGCCCUUGGUUCUCCCCAGACCUGACUGCCCUUAACCAACACAAAAACAUCCUAUGGCGUUCUGCAUUAGCAUCGAACAGGCCCCGUGAUAUGCAGCUGUUCAGGGAAGCUAGAAACCAGUAUACACAAGCAGUUAGAAAAGCCAAGGCUAGCUUUUUCAAGCAGAUGUUUGCUUCCUGCAACACUAACUCAAAAAAGUUCUGGGACACUGUAAAGUCCAUGGAGAAUAAGAACACCUCCUCCCAGCUGCCCACUGCACUGAAGAUAGGAAAUACUGUCACCAGUGAUAAAUCCACUAUAAUUGAGAAUUUCAAUAAGCAUUUUUCUACGGCUGGCCAUGCUUUCCACCUGGCUACUCCUACCCCGGUCAACAGCACUGCACCCCCCACAGCAACUCGCCCAAGCCUUCCCCAUUUCUCCUCCCAAAUCCAGUCAGCUGAUGUUCUGAAAGAGCUGCAAAAUCUGGACCCCUACAAAUCAACCGGGCUAGACAAUCUGGACCCUUUCUUUCUAAAAUGAUCUGCCUAAAUUGUUGCCACCCCUAUUACUAGCCUGUUCAACCUCUCUUUCGUGUCGUCUGAGAUUCCCAAAGAUUGGAAAGCAGCUGAGGUCAUCCCCCUGUUCAAAGGGGGGGACACUCUUGACCCAAACUGCUACAGACCUAUAUCUAUCCUACCCUGCCUUUCUAAGGUCUUCGAAAGCCAAGUCAACAAACAGAUUACCGACCAUUUCGAAUCUCACCAUACCUUCUCUGCUAUGCAAUCUGGUUUCAGAGCUGGUCAUGGGUGCACCUCAGCCACGCUCAAGGUCCUAAACGAUAUCUUAACCGCCAUUGAUAAGAAAAAUUACUGUGCAGUUGUAUUCAUUGAUCUGGCCAAGGUUUUCGACUCUGUCAAUCACCACAUCCUCAUCGGCAGACUUGACAGCCUUGGUUUCUCAAAUGAUUGCUUCGCCUGGUUCACCAACUACUUCUCUGAUAGAGUUCAGUGUGUCAAAUUGGAGGGUCUGCUGUCCGGACCUCUGGCAGUCUAAAUGGGGGUGCCACAGGGUUCAAUUCUUGGACCGACUCUUCUCUGUAUACAUCAAUGAUGUCGCUCUUGCUGCUGGUGAGUCUCUGAUCCACCUCUAUGCAGACGACACCAUUCUGUAUACUUCUGGCCCUUCUUUGGACACUGUGUUAACAACCCUCCAGGCAAGCUUCAAUGCCAUACAACUCUCCUUCCGUAGCCUCCAAUUGCUCUUAAAUACAAGUAAAACUAAAUGCAUGCUCUUCAACCGAUCGCUGCCUGCACCUGCCCACCUGUCCAACAUCACUACUCUGGACGGCUCUGACUUAGAAUACGUGGACAACUACAAAUACCUAGGUGUCUGGUUAGACUGUAAACUCUCCUUCCAGACCCACAUCAAACAUCUCCAAUCCAAAGUUAAAUCUAGAAUUGGCUUCCAAUUUCGCAACAAAGCAUCCUUCACUCAUGCUGCCAAACAUACCCUCGUAAAACUGACCAUCCUACCAAUCCUCAACUUUGGCGAUGUCAUUUACAAAAUAGCCUCCAAUACCCUACUCAACAAAUUGGAUGCAGUCUAUCACAGU